GACAUAGAAGACGAGAGAAAGGAUUGCAGCGCAUAUCAGGAAUGGAGUCUUUUAGCUUUUUACUGAUAACUCUCCUCUUCGGAAGUGGUAGCUUCUUAACGAUUGAAAGAGAUGAAGCUGCUGGACACAGAAAUCUAUCAUCAGGCUGUGUUCUGCCUAAACCAUGUCCAAUGACUGGCUAUAAGGAUUGGUACAGAGUGGGGUCAGACUGUGUCAAAUAUUUCGGCAACCCUCUCACUUUCUCUGAUGCUGAGUUCAGUUGCAGAAGCAAAGCCCCUGGUGCACACCUGGUGUCAGUGCAUGACUCAAAGGCUAUUGGUGAUUUAAUCUGCAUUGUGGUCAAGUUAAACCCAGGCAACAUUCGCAUGUGGAUUGGAGCCUUUAAGCUUUUUCAGUCUGGCAGAUUCAUUUGGACUGAUGGUUCCUCUUGGAACUAUCAGAUUUGGGCACCUGGUGAGCCCAGAUACAUCUCGAACUAUGGAGACUGUGCGGAAAUGAACUGGCUUUAUGUUGGCAAGUGGAAUGACGAUGCAUGUUAUGUGCAAAAAAACUAUGUGUGUGCCUUCAAAGUGAUGACAGCUUUGAUUUAAAGCAGGCCUAGACUGAACUGUUUUAUCAUUAAACCUUUAACAUAAAAUGCUCUGUUUAAAAUGAAUUAAAAUAAUUAUAAUAAACAUAAUGAA